GAGGGUUGCGUGGAAGCUCGCCUUCCCCGGCCAAUGGGAAGACGAGAAGCCUCCAUGUUGGGUGUGGCUGAAAGAUUGGCAGGCGACUCCCCGCCCCUGCCCCGCCCCCCUGGGCGAAGAGCGCGGACUUGCGGGGCCGCUGGCUGCGGACUGGAGCUGCGCGGGUCAGGGAGAUAAUGGCUGCGCGGCCGAUCACCCUCGGCAUUGACCUGGGCACCACAUCUGUGAAGGCAGCUCUGCUGAGGGCCGCGCCCGACGACCCAUCUGGGUUCGAGGUGCUGGCGAGCUGUACCCGCGCUGCGCGGGCAGAGGCGGCGGUCGAGAGCGCGGUGGCCGGGACCCAGGGGCGGGAGCAGGAUGUGAGUAGAAUCCUGCAAGCCCUACACGAGUGCCUUGCUGCCCUUCCCAGGCCCCAGCUCCGGAGCGUCGUGGGCAUCGGGGUGUCGGGCCAGAUGCAUGGAGUCGUGUUUUGGAAGACAGGCCAAGGCUGUGAAUGGACAGAGGGAGGGAUUACCCCUGUGUUCGAGCCCAGAGCUGUUAGCCGCCUGGUCACGUGGCAGGAUGGCCGAUGUAGCCGCGAAUUCCUGGCCUCUCUGCCCCAGCCGAAGUCUCAUCUCAGUGUGGCCACGGGCUUCGGCUGCGCAACCAUCUUCUGGCUUUUGAAAUACCGCCCAGAGUUCCUGAAGUCCUAUGACGCAGCUGGUACCAUCCACGACUAUGUGGUUGCCAUGCUGUGUGGCUUGCCAAGACCCCUCAUGUCCGACCAGAAUGCUGCCAGCUGGGGCUAUUUCAACACGCAGAGCCAAAGCUGGAACGUGGAGAUACUGAGGAGCUCGGGUUUUCCUGUCCACCUGCUCCCAGACAUCGCCGAGCCUGGCAGUGUGGCGGGCAGAACUUCCCACAUGUGGUUUGAAAUCCCAAAGGGGACACAGGUGGGAGUGGCCUUGGGUGAUUUACAGGCCUCUGUCUAUUCCUGCAUGGCCCAGAGGACAGAUGCAGUUCUCAACAUCAGCACCUCGGUUCAGCUGGCAGCCUCCAUGCCUUCAGGAUUCCAGCCUGCACAGACUCCAGACCCUACGGCCCCAGUCGCCUACUUCCCAUACUUCGACAGGACCUACCUGGGGGUGGCCGCGUCACUCAAUGGUGGCAAUGUGCUGGCCACGUUCGUCCACAUGCUGGUUCAGUGGAUGGCAGAUCUAGGCCUGGAGGUUGAAGAAUCCACUGUGUAUUCACGCAUGAUCCAGGCAGCUGUGCAGCAGACAGAUACCCACCUGACCAUCACCCCAACAGUGCUGGGGGAGAGGCACCUGCCAGACCAACUGGCCUCAGUAACCAGAAUCUCCUCCUCUGACCUCUCCCUGGGGCACGUGACCCGGGCUCUGUGCCGAGGCAUUGUUCAGAACCUGCACUCCAUGCUUCCGAUUCAGCAGCUCCAGGAGUGGGGCGUGGAGAGGGUGAUGGGCAGUGGGAGUGCGCUGUCCAGGAAUGAGGUGCUGAAGCAGGAGGUGCAGAGGGCUUUCCCUUUGCCCGUGUCCUUUGGGCAGGAUGUGGAUGCAGCUGUCGGGGCAGCUCUGGUCAUGCUCCGGAGACACCUCAACCAGAAGGAAUCGUAGACAACAAACUCUUUUGCCAAACAACUGCUGUGAAUUUUACCUGAUUAACAUUCCUGACACCAUCUGUGGGUCAUCCUUUCCCUGGACCAUUCAGUGGACAGCUUUUAAGCAGUGCUUGUUGUGAGGUCCCAUCUCGGCCAAGAACUUACCUUCAGAACGUACUCUAAUGAUGCAGCCAGGAGCCGUCAGCCAGAUCCCAAAUGAGUGCCUUCCGAAAUUGACCCACCUGGGAGCUAUUUACAAAUGUCCAUGUGGGAGAGAGAGAGCCUGAGAGCACAGUAGCCCAGCCUUGUGGUCAGCAGGCUCAUCUGUGGUUCACCUGUAGACAGAGAGCAGAUCAAUGUGUACUUCAGACACCAGAAAGUCUGGUGGAUUUGGUCCCAAGUGGGAAAAGAGACCUGCCCCAUGCCCAGCUUUUGAUUAUUGUUUUUGGAGACCUGAAGCCCACACUCGGGUCAUAUGGACUUCUGGAAAAGUUCUUCUCUCCUGGACUGAAACAUGUGACCAGAGGCCCCUUUACUAGUCUCAUCCUCCCCUGGCCGCAGAUGCUUAGCUGGGGCACGGAUUGACCCAAGUGCGAUGCAGCAGGCUGGCUCAGAGGAUGAUGCGGGGCUGUGUGCCAGCCUUCUUGCUGCAUGUACUCAGCCUCAGGAGAGCUUGCUGCUCCCGGGCCGCCCAGGUCUUCACGGCACAACCGCCCGGAAGGCAGGUUGCAGAGGAGGAGAGGCGGAUGGCAUGAGCAGCAAGGGGGACCGAUGCUGUGCGGCUCACACCACUCCAGAACCGGACAAGGCACCAGCAGGACCCCUUGCUAGGAGCAUGUCUGUGCAGCCGUGUUUUUGCCCCUGCACGUUCCAGAAACCCUCAUGGGAAGGGAUGCAGCCAGGCAGACUCCUGCCAGAUGGGGCAGGUAGUUUAUUCAAAGAGAACUCUGUAUCCCAUAGGCCUAGGCUCUCCUUUUGCUUGGCGUGGGCUUUGCUGGCCCACUGUGUGUUCCUGGCUCAGCAGAAGCAUCCAUUUGAGUCAGCAUCCCUGUAGGGAUCCCAGAGCGUCGUAAGCCUUCCUGUGAUUGGUAGGGAUGGCUGUGGGGUGGCUUCCACGAGGGGGCCACCAUCGCCGCGUCUACUCCCAGACUCCCAAAGGAGCCCAGGCUCGAGCAGGCCUGGCCCAGAGGCACCCCAGCAACCACGAGUUUGGGAAGCAGUCGUAUUCUCUCUCUCUCUCUCUCUCAGUAUCCACGACAGGUAUGAAACAUUGUCUUUUUAUAAAUGUCAUUUUACAAAUUAUGUGAUUAUCUGGAAGCUCUGAGAUGAGAGCAAAUGCCUGAUCAUGUUGGCCAAAUGUCAGAUACUAAAGCCCAUUCUUGGCCGGGCAUGGUGGCUCCCGCCUGUAAUCCCAGCACUUUGGGAAGCCAAGGCGAGUGAAUCACCUGAGGUCAGGAGUUCAAGACCAGCCUGGCCAACAUGGGGAAACCCUGUCUCUACUAAAAAUACAGGCCGGGCGUGGUGGUGCAUGCCUGUAUUCCCAGGUACUCAGGAGGCUGAGGCAGGAAAAUCACUUGAACCCGGGAGGCGGAGCUGCAGUGAGCCAAGAUCGCACCAUUGCACUCCAGCCUGGGUGACAGAGCAAGACUCUGUCUCAUAAAUAAAUAAAUAACUACAAAGCCCAUUCUUCCAGAGUCUUGUGCCUUAAAUAAAACACACACCUCUCUGCUUUAGGAAGACUGUGCAAUGGCACAGCCACAGAGCUUGGUUCGGGAGGUUGAAGUGCUCUGGGGAGCAUUUGUAGAUCGUCCUCAGAAAAGCCUUGCCUUGGUGUUCUACCAGACAAACGCCUGCCCAUCACCCAGGAAAGCUGUCCACAGUAGUCCCCCCUUACCCACGGUGUCCCUGUCCAUGGGUUCAGUUAUCCACGGUCAACCAUGGUCUGACAAUAUUAAGUGGAAAAUUCUUCAAACAGUU